CAUUAUCUUAUCUAGGGGUGUCUUUGGUAUGCUAAAACGGGUAAUUGAUUCAGAUGCAGCUAUGACUGAGGACUUAGUUGCUUAUAACAUUAUUCCACUGGAUGCUCCUACUAUAACUAAUGCCAUUGUGUCUUUGCCUGAGGUCCAAGCUGCAGUGUCAGCAUUGAAUUACUUUAUGGGCUUGCCAAAUCUACCUGCAGAUUUUUCUCUUCCUAAUACAAGGACUGCUGAUAUGCUUGAUUUUCUACAGUUUGUCUUUGGUUUUCAGAAAGACAAUGUUUCUAACCAACGUGAGCAUGUAGUUCUCUUGCUUGCAAAUGAGCAAUCUCAACUUCGUAUUCCUGAAGAAAGUGAACCAAAACUGGAUGAGGCUGCUGUACAUAAGGUAUUUCUGAAGUCUCUUGAGAAUUACAUCAAAUGGUGCAACUACUUGUGUUUCCAACCUGUAUGGAGCAAUCUGGAAGCAGUUAGCAAGGAAAAGAAGUUACUCUUUGUUUCUUUGUACUUCCUGAUUUGGGGGGAAGCAUCUAACAUCAGAUUUCUUCCUGAAUGCUUGUGCUACAUAUUUCAUCAUAUGGCGAGGGAAAUGGAUGAAAUUUUGAGGCAGCAGAUUGUACAACCAGCCAAGAGUUGCAAUUCAGAGAAUGGUGUGUCAUUCCUUGGUCAAGUUAUUACUCCGUUGUAUGAGGUGGUGGCUGCGGUAUGUGCCAGUCUUUCAUCACCAAUUUAUCUCCACAUUUAUCAUACUGUCCUUAGAAAAAAGUAGUUUUACUGAGUUCUUAGAUUCUGAUGUACUUUUUUGGUUAUAUGCUGUAUGUAUAACCCUGCAAUCUCCUCUUCCUUCCUCCUCUUCCUUCUUUUCCUUCUAUUAGCAGAUUAAAUCUUUGAGAAGCUUCAAGCUCUAGUGCUGGUUGUGAUGCUAAUACUCGAAUCUUGCUUGCCAAGGAGUCUAUCCUUGGCCUCCAUUGGUUGCUUAAAUUACCUUAACUAUAUUAUAGUUACCAUUUCUUAUUACUAAACAGCCUUAAGGCUUAAACUAAUAUAAACCUUGACAAUGUCUGUCUGUUAUUGGUGUCUGUUAUUGGUCAAAUAUGUUCUUGGUUUUGGAGCCUUCUCAGAAUCAUUUAUGCUUGAAAGUGGUUUGGAGCAUUCUGUUACAGUGAAGGAAUCGGGAAUUGGAGAUGGCUGUAAAUGUACCUUGUUGAAGAAUCUAAGGAGCAAGUUGGGGAAGAAGCUGCAGUUCUAUAUUGCAUUCCAAGGAUAGUUACAUUUGUUAUACUCUAGACCUUUGAAUCUCACAAGCCACAACAAAAAGACCUCAAUUCUAAUAUGGUUGGAAUGAGAUCUGUGAAUCCUUAUGAUUAGAUUCACCUAUAGCUAAGACCAUGCUCCAUGUAGGAGGGAGUGAUUUCUUGAAAAUUUAGAUUAAUCAGUCUUUUUACAUUUUGUUUUUUGGCCAAAUGAUUAAUCGAUCCUUUACUUGUUAUACAUUGACUUCCAAUAAUUCUUUUUAAAACUA